AAUAUUUACUACGUAAUUCGGAAAUUAGAAUCCGGCGGGAAAAUAUUAAUAAAAUCACACACAUUUUACAAGAAAGCUGAUUAUAAAUUACUGAAAUUGAAGAUCUUGUGAUUAUUAGGUGCGAUCAACCUGUAAGGGAUUUUGAUGUUCUUAAUUGUUUUUUUUUUAUAAAAUGUUAAUUGAGGAUUUAGAUAUCAAUUUAUUAUCCCAACUGGUUACGGAGCAAAUUGAUCAAGUCACUUGCUUGGAAUGCUGUAAGUACUAUGUUGCACCUGAAACAGCUUCUUGUGGGCAUUCAUUAUGUCAUUUAUGUUGGAAAAAAAGACGUACUUGCCCUAUUUGUGCUACGCUGCUCGAACGUCGAUCUGCAAAAUUGAACAGACCUUUACACACCCUGACUGAACAUGUACAAAAUUUAGGCAAUGCAUUUGAGAAGCUUUUCAAAACUAAACUAGAUGAAUUUACACUGGAAACACCAAAACAACCUGGAUUUAUAAAUGGCCCAAUUGAUAAUGUCAAAGAGUGGCUUGCCAGUUCUCAAAACCAGUUCACAAAUUCAGCUUUAAACUCAGGACAAUCAUCACAAGACACAGUCAAGAUUGUUAAUAAAGAAUUGUCCGCAAAUGAAUUUCAAGUUCAUACUAAAGUCAAUACUGUGAAAAAUUGUUCAGUAGUGGUUCCGGCACCAGCAGCUCAAGAUGACUGGGACAAGAUUGAAGUUAUGCCAGAUUCUGAUGCAUACAUAAAUAAAGAAAACAUUGCAGGCCCAAUGGACAUUGAGCCAUUUUCAAUUGAAGACCAAGAAUACACUACACAGAACCCUCGCAGAAGUUCCAGAAUGAGGGAUCUGAAUAUUAGUAGCAAUAAUGCUAAAACAGAAAAUAACAAUGCACUUGCUUUAAAACAAAACAAAGAAACAAAUUCUGAUAUAGAAAAAAAUUCCAUAGUAGUGAAACAGAAUUGGAAUAAUGUUAAAAGAAUGAGAAAAGAAUUUAGUAAAUUGAACAAAAAAAACAGAAACAAAUUAAAUGUUUCGAUUGAAAUGGCUAAGAAAACUCAAAUUUCAAAUAAACAAGAAAAUAUAAUUGAUAUGAAAGAUAUACAGGAAUUAAACUGUGAAAUUGAUGAAAACACUCCAAACAUUGAAAGUAAAAAAAAGUGCAAUGAAUUAAACAAAGGUUGUGAUUUGGAUGAAAAAAAUCAAAAUAUAGAUAAAAGAAGUCCAGAAAUUAAUAUACCUACAGCACUAAAUGGCAUUGGUGGAAAUACUGAUAACAGCUCAAGUCAAGUCAAUUUUUCACAAGAAAUUAGUACAAGUUUAAAUACAACAAAAAAUUUGUCCAAAUCAGAAAAAAAACCUUCAUUGAAUGAAAAGACAAAAACAACCACAAUGCCUUUUCUUAAAAAAAGUUCUCUGUGUCCUCAAAGUCCAAAAAAAAAAGAUGAAAAUAUAAGAACAGUAAAUCAUGUAAUUGAUACAUCAUCAAAAGAAAAUACAAAUGAUGACAUAGAAAUUUCUAUAAAAAUAGGUAAUACUGUAACUAAUAUUUUCAUUAGAAAAAAAGAAAAUGAUGUUCAACUAAAAGUUAAUACUGACCGUGAAAUACAAACUACACUAGGGCCAUAUGAUCUAGUAUCUAAAGUACAAAACAUAAACCAAGAAAACAUACAAAAGUCAACGCAAGAAAAUCAAACAACAAAAAUAAAUACUUUCAAAAAAAUACCUGAACAAUGCUUAAAAAAAUCUGUAUCAACUAAGCACAAUACUUCUUCAGCCGACACAGCAACAGCCCAUUUUGAUAUCACUGAAAGUGUGGAAAAAGAACUAUCAAAUAUGAAUAUGGAAAAUUUUAAGCAAAAUAAUAAUAUCAAGGAGAAUCAAUCCAAUGUAAUUGAUAAAAAUGCAGAUAUUGAACUUCUUAAUGAUUUAGAUAUUUUCAGUGCUUCAAUGACUGAUAAUAAUGUAAAACUAUUAAGUCAACAAACGAAAAUUGGUUCAAAAAUAUUAACACCAAGAGCACCUCCAAAACUCAAAACACAACAGUCUAAUAAUAAAAGAAUAAGAGAACCAAAUGAAGAAGAUUUAAAACAAAGUAAUAAAAAAACCAAACUGAUUUCAUGUACAGGUACUUUUGAAACUGCUGUUAACGAUAAAUCAAUGUCUAAUCAAAAUGAUGCUCAAGAAAGUGAACCUAUCAACUACGAUGUAAUUAUGGAUCAAGUAUUUGCAAACAUUGAUGCUGAUAUAGAAGAUACAAGAAAAAUAAAAACUGUCAAAGAAGCUUCCAACUUACUAGAAAAGACUGUAGAAAAUCAUACAACCGCUACACAAGAUCAAUUUAUUAGUAAAACUCAGAGAUCAAUUGUGGAAUGCUUCACCACUGACAAAACACUGGCCAAUUCCCAAACAGUGAAUGAAAAUAAAAAUCAAAAGGAUAGUGAAAAUAUAUUUUCUGUUUGUGAAAAUCAUACUGAAUUUCAAAAGACAACCAAUAGUGAAAUGCCAGAUACAGUACAUAAGCACAUGGAAGAUACACUAACACCUGCCCUGUCUCAAAAUGUCAAAACACCACUAGAAUGCUUGAAAGCCAGUGACGACGACUGCGACAGUGUUGUGGAAGAGACACCACAAAAAUGUCACUCGUUCAACAAAGGAAAACAAAAGGAGAAUUCAACUGUGAAAGAAUGUGAUCUUGGAACAGAUCUGAAGCAAAUCAAAAGUGUUAUUAAUUUAACAGACACGGCUGAAACUAAUGAGAGCAAAGAUGUAACCGUGGUUAAUACAAAUACUAAGAAACAGACCCUUGACACCCCGUUGACUAUAAAUAAGUUUGUCGAUCAAAUCAAACACAAGUCCACACCAAUGGCAAGAAAGUCUUUAAACUUCGAGAGUGAGCAAAUCAAUGUUAAUGAUGAUCCAGAACAGACAUUUUGUCCUCCAACGGAAGCGCUUCCGGAAAACACCCAGGAAAAAGAAUUUAUGAAGAAAAUUUUCGACAAAUCUCAGACCACACAGAUAGCAAGAGCUCUGGGUUCCUGUAACUCAAUGCUUAAUAAUAAAGAUUUUUGUGUCGCGGGAUCUUGUUUGACAUCAGCUGAACUUAAAAAACUCAAAGUCCUCUGCUCUGAAAAUAAAUGGUGCUACGUAGAUAAAUAUACAAAUAAUUUAACACAUUUAGUUGUUGGCGUUGAUGAAGAGAAAAAAUCACAAAGAUCUGUUAAAUACAUGUGUGCUUUGGCGGCAGGCAAAUGGAUAGUUUCAUUUGAGUGGGUGGAAAAGUGCUUGCAUCUUAAGAAAUAUGUCGACGAGGCACCCUAUGAAGCUCUGGACAGCACGGGGGAGCCCGGACCGAAGCGGUCGCGUAUCUCGAAACGGAAGCUAUUCCAUGGAAUCACAUUCUACUGUAUGCCGUCAUUUACCGUACUAGAUCUUCAAACUCUAAAGAGCAUGCUGGAAGCCGCAGGUGGCCGUGUCGUGACUGAUCCGAAAUAUGUUCGUAUUAGUAAGGACGCACCUGGUCCCGCCUUACUACUUGCCGAGCCCGAGAAUACGCAAGAGGAUCGUUUCAUAUACCUCGCAAUGGAGCAGAGCAUCGUACCAGUUAACUACGAGUGGGCGCUAAAUUGUCUCGGCAGUUAUACUUUGGGGUCAGUUCAAGAACUGUUACUUUGUCCGGCGGCGCUGCUGCCGACGUUGACUUCACAAUGGCCUGCUUGUUUAAUAGCUCGCGAAUAUGAUGACUAAACUUUUUGAAUUACACGGAUAUCAAAUAAAAUGUAUUUUAUAAAAAAUUAUAAAAAAAUUUGAUUUAUAAUCUCACAAUAUAAAUAUCACAUUCAAAAUAAUUUAAAUAAAAACACACUGUCUAUCUUAUAAUAAUAUAUGUUUAUUGUAUUUUAAUAUAUACAAAAAUGAAAAUGAAUGUGUUGAUUAGUUGUGAAUGAUGAUGAUUCUAUAAUAAAUUGUCGAUUAAAAUUUUAUUGUUUGAGUACAUUUUAGAAUGAUGCAGUUUAUUUUAUCUAAACUUUUGUA